GCGCUGUGUUUGCUCGGCGAGAUGUGCGACGAGGAGAUCGAGCGGGGCAUCGUCAGCUACUCUGCUGCCAUCAGCGCCUGCGAAAAGGGCAGGCAGUGGCAGCAGGCGCUAUGGUUGCUGAGAGAAAUGAAGGAAGCAGCGCCGAAAUGCAUGAACACCAUCAGUUAUAAUGCUGCUAUUAGCGGAUGCCAGAAAGGAGGCCAGUGGCAGCAGGCGCUGUGGUUGUUGCGCGAGAUGUAUGGAGCGAAGGUGGAUCGAAGCGCUGUUACUUACAAUGCAGCUGUCAGCGCAUGCGGCUCAGGCGGGCAGUGGCAACGGGCUUUGAGUUUGUUGAGGGAAUGCCGAGAAAUGGACAUACAGCAGGACGCGGUCAGUUUCAACGCCGCAAUUAGUGCGUGCGAUAAUGGUGGAAAUUGGCAGCAGGCGCUGUCGUUGUUGAGAGAAUUGCGCGAUUCAGGUCUUGGAUUUGAUGUCAUAGGCUAUGCCGCUUGCAUAAGCGCGUGCAGGGAACGCGGGCAGUGGAAGGAAGCAUUGUGGUUGCUGAGCGAGUUGUCAAACGUGAAGCUAGAGCCAGAUUGGGUCAGCUUCAAUGCAGGAGUGAGCGCGUGUGAGAAAGGUGGGCAAUGGGAGCAAGCAUUGGAUUUGUUGAGCGAGCGGCAGAUUAAGAUGAAGCUUGACGUCAUCAGCUAUAACAUCGGGAUCACCGCUUGUGAGAAAGCGGGGCAGUGGCAGCAGGCGUUAGAGUUAUUGAUGGAGCUGUUGGAUGCGACAGUGGAGCUAGACGUCGUCACCUACACCUCUGGAGUCAACGCGUGCGAGAAAGGAAGCCAGUUCCAGCAGGCGGCAUGCUUUUCGAGCGACUUGGGCCUGGCGUCAGAGCGGCGGAUGGAGGUGCUCUUCCACCAGCGUCUCACUCGUUGA